AUGAAUGAUCAAACAUUUUUUGCGAAUAGUUUCCUGCUUCUAGUUGUGCUUACUCCUUGCAUUCUACAUCCAACCUUCCUCCUCCAACAUUCAUACAAUAUUCGAUGUUACAAGUUGAAAUCACCUUUCUCUAAGGAAGGCUCAGAGUCAAAAACAGUCCUUGUAACCGGUGGUACAGGAUUCCUUGGUACCCACAUCAUUUCCCAGCUUCUCGAGAAAGGAUAUAUCGUCCGCGCAACAGCCCGUUCACCCUCCAAACUCCAAACAAUCUUUCCAGAAGCCACAUCAGAACAAGUUCAAGUUAUCGCAGUACCGUCGUUGACUGUAGAUCAUUCAACAGCAUUGAAGGAAGUCGAUGCACUAAUUCACUCUGCUUCGCAUAUUUUCGGUGGAGGAGUCUCUGGGCAGGAUUUGUACUCUGCGAGUGGAGCCUAUGAAGGCACAGUCUCUCUUGUGAAACAGGCGAUUGCGAGUGGAGUGAAAAAGAUAAUUCUCACUGGAACUUUCGUCGACCGUCUUCGAUUGCAAUCUUCAAUGAACUCAAUGACUGACUUUCAAGCAACUUUCGGUACCCUCGUUUUAACAGAAGCCGAUUUUGGCUCCGUCACCGCUGAAACUUUCGACCUCAACCACGAAGGGAUGCGUGUUUACCAAGAAGCGAAAACUCUCGCAGACAAGGCAAUAUGGGAUCUCGCCCUAUCGAACCCCAAAAUCGACUUCACCAUCCUUCCUCCAGCUAUCUUCGGUCCUCAAUUCAGCACUGAUAUGCUUUUUGCACCUGAAUACCCUCCAAUUCCAAUUGGACAUAUGAUUGACGUGCGGAAUGCAGCUCGUGCUCACGUCCUCGCGCUUUCCAUCCCGCCUGUGCCCGGACGUCAUAAGCGGUUUAUUAUCAGUAAUGGGACAUUCUUGUGGAAGGACAUUGCAUCAUUGAUACGGAGGAGGAAGCCUGAGCUGGCAGGACGUUUGCCGAAAGAGACGUCGGUCCCUGGUCCCCAGACUAGUGCACCCAUAGAAACGACAUUUGCGAAAGAGGUGUUAGCAUACAUUGUGUCACAUGGUACUAUGAAAAAUGCAGCAUGGAAGAUACACAAAUUCUUUAUACAUAAUUCGAAAUAA